AUGUCGGCGGAAUACGAGGACGUUCUGACAAACCAGCCGGUCGUUAUCGACAAUGGCUCAGGGACUAUUAAGGCUGGAUUCGCUGGUCAGGACCAUCCCAAAUGUUUCUUCCCGUCCUUUGUCGGGCGGCCAAAACACGUCCGUGUCAUGGCCGGUGCCCUUGAAGGAGAUGUUUUCAUUGGAAGAAGAGCCCAGGAAUUUCGAGGAUUGUUGAAGAUCAAGUACCCCAUGGAACACGGAAUUGUUACAGACUGGGACGAUAUGGAACGGAUAUGGAGCUGGAUAUAUGCUGAGGAACUGGGUACGCUAAGCGAAGAACACCCAGUAUUAUUGACUGAGGCACCUUUGAACCCUCGAAGUAAUCGGGAUGUGGCAGCCCAGAUAUUUUUCGACACUUUCAACGUCCCUGCACUAUUCAUCUCUGUCCAAGCUGUAUUAUCACUAUAUUCGUCCGGUCGAACAACCGGUAUUGUACUUGAUUCAGGAGACGGCGUCACGCAUGCUGUGCCGGUCUUCGAAGGGUUCUCCAUGCCGCAUGCAAUACGUCGAGUAGACGUGGCCGGGAGGGACGUGACCGAUCAUCUACAACUACUUCUGCGGAAAGCCGGACAUCAUCUACACACGACUGCAGAACGAGAGGUCGUACGAACUAUUAAGGAGAAGUGCUGUUACGUCGCUCUGAACCCGUCCAAGGAGGAAAAGGACGCACUAGGCCGCACAGAAGAGUUUCGGUUACCUGAUGGUAACGUAGUGCAACUCGGUCCGGAACGUUUCAGAGCUCCGGAGAUCCUCUUCAAUCCCGAACUGAUCGGACAGGAGUAUGCUGGUGUCCACCAGGUAGUUGUAGACUCCAUAAAUCGAGUUGACCUAGAUCUCCGGAAGAGUCUAUUCUCGAAUAUCGUCCUUAGUGGAGGCAGCACACUAUGUAGAGGUUUCGGUGAUCGUCUCUUAAACGAAGUCAAGAAACUGGCGCUAAAGGACGUCAAAAUCAAGAUUUACGCCCCUCCUGAGCGUAAAUACUCAACCUGGAUCGGUGGAUCCAUCUUAGCGGGUCUCAGCACAUUUAAAAAGAUGUGGGUUUCGGCGGAAGAGUAUCAAGAGGAUCCAGACAUAAUCCACAAGAAGUCAGGCUUUUAG